AUGCGUCUUUCAGCUAUACUUCUCCAAGCAUUGGCCACCGUCGGUGUCUUUGUAGACAAAACAGCAGCACAAUGCUCUGGCCAGGGAGAAGGGAAUUGCCAACUGAGCUUUGUAGGAAUUCCAAGAACCGACUGCAUCACGUAUGACAACAUGUUGACGUGCGGAGAAGCCAUAACCUGGACAGACGCCUACAUCUUCGAUUAUGCUUGCAACCAAAUUGGCAAUGCUCCUUACCCAGCUCAGGGUCUUGCCAUUUAUUCGGAGCUUCCGUGGACGGUUGUUAUAACCUUUCUGACUCAAGGAGGGCCGAACAAUGCGUUCUUGGAUUUCAGGUCGAUUGGGUUUGCAUAUGCUGCAUAUAGCUACCACAAUUAA